AUGGGCAUAGUGAAAUGGCUGUGGACUCUGCUAGGGGCUAAGCCCGCUGAGGUGAUCGCAUCCGAGCCAAAACUCACAACUACAGUCCUGGUUGUCGGUGCAGGGUCAACUGGGCUUGCCCUGGCCCAGGGGUUGAAUAAGGCUGGGAUACCUUGCAUCGUCUUGGAGAAACAUGCUAGCAUUGGGGGUCACUCCAGAGACUGGAAUAUGGGCUUGCAUUGGGGUGCUGAAUCCUUGAAAAGUCUCGUUCCGGACGAACUAUGGGAGCAAAUCCAGUUGGUGCAGGUUGACCCGACUAUCUCUCCAACCAAGGAUGACGCGCUCAAUAUCGUCAAUGGAUCGACAGGAGAGAACAUGACUUCAAUUCCUGCUCCUUUCUUCAACCGCUUGCGUCGUCGAAAAUUACGGGAGCUGCUGGCGACGGGCUUGGAUGUACGAUAUAAUAAGCGGAUCCAAGGGAUCAAUUACUCCGGGCACAAUCAUUAUGUCACCGCACGACUUAGUGACGAGUCAUGCCUCACAGCAAAGAUAAUCAUAGGAGCCGAUGGAGCUCGAUCAACGAUCCGUCAAUUAUUGCUCCCCCAGACAGGACAGAUCCGCCCGCUCCCGUAUUGUGCAACUUUCGUACAGGCACGAUUUGACCCGGAAAGGGCUCGCUUCCUGCGGCAGUUCCAUCCUUUAUAUCUGGCUGGAAUUAACCCAGCCGGACUGUUUGCCUUUUUCGGAAUGCAUGACGCGGAAGACCCCGAUCGGCCUGAAACAUGGACUUUUUUCUUCUACAUAUCAUGGCAAUCAAGUUACGAGGAGCAGGAGAAGACAGCAGGCUGGACCAAUGCACAAAGGUUGACGCAAGUCAAAACACUCGCCAGGGAGUUCGCAAAUCCUUGGAAGAGCGCUUUCGAGUGGUUGGAAGACGACCACCAAGUGUGGUAUAUGGUUUUGUCUGAGUUUGACCCGGGCGCUCAAGGCCACCGCUGGAAUAAUCACGGUGGAAGAAUCACACUCGCUGGCGAUGCUGCUCAUGCUAUGACGUAUCAACGUGGGCAAGGCCUGAACCAUUCCAUCACAGAUGCGGCCAAAUUGGUCGAAGCCAUUCGAGAUUUUGUAUCAGGAGGGAGGGCCCAGUCUACUGUGAUUUCCGAGUACGAGGAAGAGAUGAUUGCUCGAGCUAGCGGUGAAGUUAGGCUCAGCACAUUAAACACGAGGCUAGUUCAUGACUGGGACAAUGUCCUGCAGUCGCCGGUGUUGACUUCGGGAAUGAAGAAUCAUUCGUCGGAGGGCUUAUAA